AGUUCUGGUGUGUCUCUACCAUGACCUGCACACUUCUCCUGUUCCCUCUCUUCUUGAUUUGCACAGGCUCUGUGGACUCCUAUGAGCUGACUCAGCCACAAUCAGUCUCAGUGGCCUUGGGACAGACAGUGACAAUCACUUGCUCUGGUGAUGAACUUUCAAAAAAGUAUGCACACUGGUUCCAGCAGCAGCACCCGGGACAGACUCCUGUAAGGGUAAUAUACAACGAUAGUGAGCGACCCUCAGGGAUCCCAGAGAGAUUCUCUGGGGCCAGCUCAGGGACAACGGCCUCCCUGACCAUCAGCAGAGGUCAGAAUGAGGAUGAGGCUGUCUAUUACUGUUUGUCAUCUUAUGGUGAUGGUGCUAAUGCACAUUAUGUAUUCGGCGGUGGGACCCAGAUCUCCGUUCUAGGUCAGCCCAAGGCUUCCCCCUUGGUCACUAUGUUUCCACCCUCCUCUGAGGAGCUACAGACCAACAAGGCCACACUGGUGUGUCUGAUCAAUGACUUCUACCCGGGUGCUGUGACUGUGACCUGGAAGGCAGAUAGUACCACAGUCACCCAGGGAGUGGAGACCACCCAGCCCUCUAAACAGAGCAACAACAAGUACAUGGCCAGCAGCUACCUGACCGUGACACCUGACAAGUGGAAAUCUCACAAAAGCUUUAGCUGCCAGGUCACACACGAAGGAAGCACCGUGGAGAAGAGUGUGUCCCCUGAAGAAUGUUCUUAAGUUCUUGACCCUCACCCCACCCUCAGAAUUCUGGAAGUGAAAGACCCUGGUGAGGGACCCCAUCUUCCCCUAGCCCUCCUAGUCCUUCCCUCUGAACCCACUGACUGCUCAAUAAAAUAUCCCAUUGUCAAU